CCUCUUUUCUGUGUUGGGUCUGCACUGUCAAUUCCCCGGUUUCCCGAAGUGCAUUAUCAGAAGUCGCCAUCAGGCUUUAUUAAUGGCUAGUAAAGCAACGUAUUACAGAAAUCGCUUAAAAAGGAAAGACCCCGAAAAAUAUGCAGACUAUCCGCAAAAGCAAGCUGUAGCUGCUAAAGGCAGAAGAGACCAACUUAGAAAAGAGCUUUCAGAGAGAAAGCCCUCCAUAAAGUCUCUUACCUUGAAGGAACGACAACUUGAACAAAAUAGGCUCCGACAACAAAGAUAUAUGGAAAGAAAAAAGGAGGCAAGCAAAGAUGACAAGUGUGGCUUGACGGUUAAGUUGGUUUUGAAACCCCCAAAACUCACCCAAAGUACCAGAAGCGCAAGUUCGGCGCAGUCAAGCAUCGCAACAUGGUCGUCACGGGAAGCUAAGAGGGCCUACUGGCGGGAAAGAAAACAAGCAGAAAGAAAGAGACUACGGGAAAGCUGCCCACAGAAAUUAAGACAGAUUCAAGGAAAGGACCGCGAACGAAAAAGACAGCAAAGGGCCAAUGUAAAACAAACCAAAGAAACAAUAAGGUCACCGGGAUACAAAACAAGGAACUGUACAUCAAAAGUAAAAAGGGUACUGCAACCCAAAAGCCCUAACAAGUUGGCCUCUGUUGUUUCCCCUUCAAUCAAAAAUGCAUCUCCUCAAAAAACUUAACAACGAAGACAUAGGGAGUGACAGGAAGAGUGGCAUUCCGUCUGAAGGUUCGAGAAAUUACUGAGAGAAUUGAGUGCCAAAGGAGUGGAAGAGAAACCCUGAAACGUUUUGCGUGUACAUCUAUCAAGAAUGCAAAGAAAGUGCAAAUCAGUAAGCAGUUCCUAUUAAGUCAGGGGACUGCCCGAAGAGCACAAAAUCUUAGGGACCGCCAUGCAGCAGGCCGUGGGAGAAUGAGACUGAAAUUGCGGCAACGAGUCAAGGAAUUCCACCUUCGAAAUGACAUCUCAUAUCCUUCACCUUUGAAGAGAUUCAUUGUUAAGUAUGGUCCAGGUUGACAUAUGCAGAUGCCACUUGGAGAAGCACAUAAGAUGUUUGAAUCAGAGAAUCCCAGCGGCAAAGUGAGCUAUUGGAAGUUCACGUUCCUGAGACCGAAAAAUUUGCAUCUCCUAUCGAAAGUCCAUCACGAUGUUUGCGGUUGUGUGUAUUGCGUAAAUAUCAAGUACAAAAUCCUUGCGAUCAACUGUGCAAUCGACGCAAUAAAACUUACCACUGUGAAGACGAUGCCUGAUGAAUUUUCAUUUGUUAACAGUCUGCUUUGUCCAACAUCAGAUACCCAGCAGUUCCAGGACAGCAAGUGUAGUAUGGGCACCUGCACCCAAUGCGGCAGUUACGGUGAUCACAUAGGUAACAUGUACACAGAUGUCGUUGACGCAUCAUGUGCACUGCACACGUGGCUCCAUUGGGAAAAGGAAGAAAAAAUAAGUGAGACAUUAACUGGAAAGAUUCACCCCGUUUUGAAGACAAAGCACGGUCCUAUGAAAGUUCUAAUUUAAGAACUGGUCAGAGAUGUUGAACAACCUGUGCACGGCAUUUCAUUUGUGAAGCACCUGUUUACAGCAAGAUGGCAACACAUGCAGUUCGCAUAUGUGAAAGACAACUUACCAAAAAACUGGAGUCUCAUGAUAAUGGACUCUAGUAAAAACCGCAGAAUUUUCUAUCAAGAUGAGAUCAAAUCUCCCCACUACUGCCAAACUCAAGUCACAAUUCACCCAGUCAUCAUGUACUAUAACAACCGCAAUACUCUUGUGAGAGAUUCGCUAAUAUUCCUCACUGACGACAUAGUUCACGACUACCACACCAUUCAACUCUUUCUGAAGCUUGCCUCUCACCAUCUCUCUAAGCAGAUAAAGACAACGCGCGAGGUGAUCUGGUUUGAAGGUUGUCAAAGCCAGUACAAAGGUAGAGGAACGUUUGCCGACCUCAGUCUGUCUUCAAAGUCCCGAGAACUUAACUACUUUGGUGCAGAGUAUAUAGAAGGUGAAGGAGACCGGGAGAUUGCUGUGGUGAACAAAGCUGUCGAUCAAGCAAUUCUCGGGAGGAAAGUCGUCAUCAAUUCUGCCCAAGAAUUAUGGCAGUGGUGCUCUGAUAAUCUAGCAACUGAUACAGCUUGUUCAAAGAGGCGAUUUGUAUAUGUAGCUCCCACUGAAAUCCAGCGAGAUCGACCCCUGACUGAGAUAGCCACAGUGAAGGGCUGGCGAGGUUUUCACCAGCUUCAAGUUGCAGGUCCCUAUAAACUGUUGACAAGGCGACUGUCAUGCUUUUGCCCUUCAUGCCUCAUUGGCCAAGAGCAGACAUGCUUCAAUGCAGAACACACAGGCAGAAACUUCCAACAGAAGUGUCUGCAACUAAGAAGAAAACACCAAACUGUGACUGAUGUGUUGCAGAUAGUGAAGACUGAGGACUGCGCACCCAGCAAACUGUCAGCUGUACAGGCACUCCUGUUCUUACGGGUGCAUCGUGUUUGUGUAUUACAUUAUGUAAAUCAUAAAAUAUUUGGACACUGGCGCAUAUUAAGAAAUAAAUGUAAAUUUUCCCAAUCAACUUGUACUUCUUUUGUGUGUGCUGUGAUCAAUAAACAGAUUAUCGCCAUAAGUUGAAGAAAAUCCGAGUUGGUGACUUCAUUGUAGUUUAACAUCAUAGAGACCGUGAAAUUUGCGACUAGCAUUUGGCAAAGACCUGUGUUGACUGUUGAAAAUGACCCCAUGCGUUCGUCAUACCACAGGAAGUCUUUGCCAUUUUCCAGUGUUGCCAGACACAGACGAAGAAUCCUGGCCAAACAAAAGUGACUAUCCGCUACGUAGAACUGACGGCGUCACGGGCAGUUUCAUCAAGUCGAGUCUCUGGUGCAAUGUCAUCAGUGAACAUUCAGGUUCUCAACACAUUUUCUAGCAAAGCUAAAUGACGUACCAAAUGGUAGCUACAAUCAAUUUUUUUAGAAUACAAACGUCACAAACGCACCUUUGUGGCUCAUUUAACCUUCUUUUCAACGGCUGUUUCACUGUUUCAAAGGGUAUUUUAUCACCUUUUUCGGUUUUUAUGCUCAUGAGUAUUUCCGUAUUCAUGAGCAAAACUAUGAUGUCAUCUCAGGAUAAGGUGGAAUGUGACAUUGGUUUGUACUUAAAAAAGUCCUACCAUGAUUUUGGUAGAUUUUCCUGGGCUUAAUCUCUCCUCUGCUGAUUCAUUUUUGUGUGUGCAUAGCAAUAAGAAAUCAUCAAUCCUUCUCUUCUGGGUUCACAAUUUGAACAGAAA